AUGGGAGCGCCUCCGUCCAAGGCCAGGGGUCUCUCGAUCCAACUCCAGAAACUGCUGACCUCCUGGCUGGUGGGACAGCAAGACUGGGAUCAGCGUCUGGACAAGACGUACAUGCUGCAGCAGAAGAAGAUUCGAGAGUCUCCUCUGCUUCGGGCAGCCAAGGACAACGACCUGUGUGUCCUGAAGAAACUUCUGCUGGACCGAAACUGUGACUUCCGGCAACGAGGGGCCGUCGGGGAGACGGCACUGCACGUGGCCGCCCUCUAUGACAACCUGGAGGCCGCCAUGGUGCUGAUAGAGGCUGUCCCCGAGCUGGUCAAGGAGCCUGCCAUCUGUGAGCCAUUUGUAGGUCAGACGGCGCUGCACAUAGCAGUCAUGAACCGGAACGUGAACCUGGUGAAAGCCCUGCUCACCCACGGGGCCAGCGUCUCUGCGAGGGCUGUAGGCUCCGCCUUCCACCUCAGUCCUCACAAUCUCAUCUACUUUGGGGAGCACCCUCUGUCCUUUGCCGCCUGCAUGGGCAGCGAGGAGAUCGUGAGGCUGCUCAUUGAGCAUGGCGCUGACAUCCGGGCCCAGGACUCCCUGGGAAACACAGUGUUGCACAUCCUCAUCCUCCAGCCCAACAAAACCUUUGCCUGCCAGAUGUACAACCUGCUGCUGUCCUACGACAGGCGAGGGGACCACCUGCAGUCCCUGGACCUCGUGCUCAAUCACCAGGGCCUCACCCCCUUCAAGCUGGCCGGAGUGGAGGGCAACACUGUGAUGUUCCAACACCUGAUGCAGAAGCGGAAGUACAUCCAGUGGACAUGUGGGCCGCUGACCUCUACUCUCUACGACCUCACGGAGAUCGACUCCUGGGGAGAAGAUGCGUCCUUUCUAGAGCUUGUGGUAUCCUCCAAGAAACGGGAGGCUCGUCAGAUCCUGGAGCAGACCCCAGUGAAGCAGCUGGUGAACUUCAAGUGGAGGAAGUACGGGCGGCCUUACUUCUGCAUCCUGGGAGCCUUGUAUGUGCUCUAUAUGAUCUGCUUCACCAUGUGCUGCAUCCACCGCCCUCUCAAGGCCCGUAGUGGCAACCGCACAGAUUCCCGAGACGUCACCAUAUUCCAGCAGAAGCUGCUCCAGGAGGCCUACGUGACUCAGCAGGAUAAAAUCCGGCUGGUGGGGGAGCUGGUGACGGUCCUCGGGUCAGCGAUCAUCCUAUUCCUAGAGAUCCCAGAUAUCUUCAGGGUUGGUUUCUCCCGCUAUUUUGGACAGACUGUCCUCGGGGGGCCAUUCCAUGUCAUCACCAUCACCUAUUCCUUCCUGGUGCUGGUGACCAUGGUGAUGCGGCUCACCGACACCAACGGGGAGGUGGUACCCAUGUCCUUCGCCCUGGUGCUGGGCUGGUGCAGCGUCAUGUACUUUGCGCGAGGAUUCCAGAUGCUGGGCCCCUUCACCAUCAUGAUCCAGAAGAUGAUUUUCGGAGACCUGUUGCGUUUCUGCUGGCUGAUGGCUGUGGUUAUCGUGGGAUUCGCCUCAGCGUUCUAUAUCAUUUUCCAGACCGAGGACCCAUCCUCUCUGGGGGAAUUCUAUGACUACCCCAUGGCGCUCUUCAGCACCUUUGAGCUCUUCCUCACCAUCAUCGACGGGCCCGCCAACUACGAUGUGGACUUGCCCUUCAUGUAUAGCAUUGUCUAUUUUGCCUUCGCCAUCAUCGCCACACUGCUUAUGAUCAACCUGUUGGUCGCCAUGAUGGGCGACACACACUGGCGGGUGGCCCACGAACAGGACGAGCUCUGGAGGGCCCAGGUCGUGGCCACCACGGUGAUGCUGGAGAGGAAGAUGCCUCGCGCCCUGUGGCCGCGCUCCGGCAUCUGUGGGUACGAGUACGGGCUGGGGGACCGCUGGUUCCUGCGGGUGGAAGAGAAACAGGAUAUCAACCAGCAGCGUGUCCGGCGCUACGCCCAGGCCUUCUGCCACCCAGGCUUGGAGGACGACAUGGAAAGACUGUGGCUGGGUGGCCCCUUGGGACCCUGCCUGUCACUUCCUACCCCCUCGGUGUCUCGAAGUACCUCCCGCAGCAGCAUCAACUGGGAGAGGCUACGGCAAGGGACCCUGAAGUCAGAGCUGCGGGGGGUGGUCAACAAGGCUCUGGAGGACGGGGAGGGCUGGGAGUACCAGAUCUGA